AUGCGAAUCCCGAGGGCUGGCCCUCGCUCCAGCAAUGACCCCAGCCACCUCGCCUUCGCCCCCUUCUUCCCCGGCCGCCCGCCUGGCCUCCCCCGGGGCUGGCCUCACUAUCCCCAUCGCCCCAGUCCGCCGAUCCCCCGGUCCCCGCCUCCCCGCCGGGCGAGCAGAAGCGGCGGGCCUGGCCUUCUCCCCUCCCCGCAUCGCAGGUUCCCAGACCCCGCAGCCCCGCGGGCCCGCUCCCGCCCCGGCCCCGGCCGCCCGCUCUGCUCGAGCCUCACCGGUCCCCGAUUCGGGCUCAGCGGCCCAUCCGGCCCGUCUAGCCUCUCGGUGCGCUGCAAGAUCGGGGGUUGCGGCCCGAGACGCGGGAUUGGUCCGGGCUUGCUCUUCUCGGCCUCCCGCGCCGCCUCCUCCCACGGCUGCCACCUCCGUAGCCCCCCCCUCGGCCCACGGAGCCCGAACCGCGGCCAGGCCCGGACGGAAACCGUCAGUCUCUCCAUUUCCCCCUUCUGGUCCUGUCCUCCCUCCCGCCUCUCGCGCGCUCCCUCCCCUCGCUUUCAUCCUCCUAUCCCCACCUCGCCAACCUCGGCUUUCAUCCCCCUCCCCUCUCUUCUCCUCCCCGCUCCCGCCAGCCCCACCCCUGGGAAGCCCCUCCCGUCGGGCAGCGCCGCCUUUAUAAGCGGGUUCCCUGGCCGGGGGCGGCAGCGGCUGGUCGGCGGCAGCUCUGCUGGUGCGGGGGCGGCGAGCCGAGGACCUAGCGACCGCGGCCGGAGCGCGCCGGCCACCGCCCGCACCGCCCUUCCGCCCGCCCUCCGGACGGCCGCAGCCCUGCGGGUCUCCGUUCCAGACCCACCCCCGCCCCACCCCGCGCGCCUCUGCCGCCUCUUCCAGAGACCCAGCUUGCUGAGCGGCCGCCGCUGCCGCUGUCGCCGCCGCCGCCGUCACCGCGCCAGGUUCCGGCCGCGGCCACCCUCCGCCGUCCAGGGCCCCUCCGUCCCGGCCCCGGGACCCCGGCUCCCCGCCAGCCCCGGCCCCGGCACCAUGUCGGAGAAGAGCGUGGAGGCAGCGGCCGAGUUGAGCGCCAAGGACCUGAAGGAGAAGAAAGAGAAGGUGGAGGAGAAAGCCAGCCGAAAAGAGCGAAAGAAAGAAGUGGUGGAGGAGGAGGAGAACGGAGCCGAGGAGGAAGAAGAAGAAACUGCUGAGGACGGAGAGGAGGAGGAUGAAGGGGAAGAAGAAGAUGAGGAAGAAGAAGAAGAUGACGACGAAGGGCCCGCGCUGAAGAGAGCUGCUGAAGAGGAGGAUGAAGCGGAUCCCAAGCGGCAGAAGACAGAAAAUGGGGCGUCGGCAUGAGCCCCCUGCCAAUGGGCUGGGGGUGGGAGGCCCCUCAGGGCCUGGAGGUGGGGGUGGGAACAGACGAGUGCAGCCACUGUCCACCUGGCUCCUGGCUCUGGACCCUGCACCAGAGCUGCCACCCUCUUUGUCCCCAGCCUUUCUCAUGUCCGCCUCUCCAGACACUGCCCCUUCUAUCCUCACUCUGCCAUUGUUCCACCUCUUGACCUGCUCCAUCUGAGCUCCCCAGCUGGUCCCAAUUGCUCUUCUUCCUGUCCUUGCUCUCUUCCUCCCUUCCCCCACUCCUCCUCCGGUAGCCUCUCCUUCCUCACCUCUGCAUCCCAGCCUCAUGUCCUGUCCAUCCCUACCCUGCCUGAUCCCUGGGUCUCCCUCAGAUCCCUUUCUCUCAGACAGCGCCAGGCCGGGGUGGGGCCAGGGUUGGGGCCGAGCCCCACAGCUGCCCCCCUCCUCUCCCCUCCCCUUUUUGUAUAAUUUAAUAAAGAAACGGUCGCGCUUCUGUU